AUUAAUAUAAAAUCGUCUUAGUAUACUUUGAUGUUAUUAUUACUAUAAUGUUUGUAAAUGCUGCAUUAAUCGCUGCGAUAUGUAUUAUAAGUGGCAUUGUUUGGAAUUAUUGCCGUCGAAAAUUCUUUCCUAUAAAAGAUAUCGAUCUGCCAGGUCCGAAAACGAUACCAAAGAACCUCUGUAGCGGAACUCCUGACGAAAUAUUGGAUAAUAUAUUUUCACUUGGAAGAUAUUAUCCAUCCCCAUUUAAAAUGUCGGUGAGCAUCAGUUCACUCGUUGUGAUAUAUGAACAAAGUCAAGUAAAGACUGUCUUAAAAAGCCCACAUUGCUUAAAUAAAGGUAUACUCUUUAAACUUGCAUCCUCAACAUUCGGCAUAAGAUUAUUUACAGCUCAUGAAUCUAUAUGGGUUAGAAAUCGAAAAAUAAUAGCUCCAUUCUUUAGUCCGACUAUGUUGCAAGAAUUUUUUAAUAUAUUUGUCGAACAAUCUUUAAUACUGGCAAAUAAAUUAGAAAAAGUUGGACUGAAUGGAAAAGAAAUUACUUUUCUUGAACAUGUAACAAGGUCUACUUUGGACAUUGUAUGUGACAGCAUGGGCGUCAAAAUGGAAUCAAAUAAAAAGGAUCAAUAUUUGAAAAUAGUUACGAGAUUAAAAGAAAUUAUAAAACAUAGAAUAUAUUCUAUAAUGAUGGAUAAUGUUUUGUUAUUUCAUAAUGUUAUUUUUAAUCUCACCGCUUUGGGACGCGAACAACAAAAGCUCUUGAAAUCAUUGGAUUGUCUUAUCAAUGAGUUGCAUGAAUUAAAUAAAUCGCAUACAACCGAGACAAAAACUGAUACAAAUAAAAGGUUUCUCGACAUUCUGAUGAAAUUAUCUAAAAUACACAAAACAAAUGUCACACAGGAAAUGAUUUAUGAUAAUGUAAUUAUGCUUUUACUGGCCAGCGAUGCAAUCAGUAUUACCCUAGAUUUUGUUAUCUUUAUGUUAGCAAAUUUCCCAGAAGUACAAGAAAAAGUAUAUGAAGAAUUAUCGGAAAUUUACGGUACAAAAACGCCGAUGUCCGUACCAGUUAAACACGAAGAUUUACAACAUAUGCAUUAUUUGGAUCGAGUAAUUAAGGAAACUAUGAGGCUAUUUCCUGCUAUUCCUUUAAUUGACCGAAAGUUAACUGAUGACGUGAGAAUAGAUGAUGUUAUUUUACCGGAAAACACUAACGUUAUCUUACCACUUAUACUGAUGAAUCGAAAAGAAGAGUGUUGGCCAAAUCCAUUGAAAUUUGACCCUGAUAGGUUUCUACCAGAAAGAAUAAAGGAUUGUCUUUCAUGUUAUCACAUCCCUUUUGGUGAUGGACUAAGGGAUUGUAUAGCUACAAAAUAUGCGAUGAUUUCUAUGAAAGUCAUUCUAGCUACUUUGGUACGAACAUUCGUAUUUAAAGUAGAUAAGAGAAUUCAAAUAAGUAGCAUAAAAUUAACGACGGACAUAAUAUUGUCUACUGUCAAGCCUUUAAAAGUUAAGAUUGAGAAACGGAAUCUCGAAUAAAGAUAUUAUAGAAAAUAUGUCAGAUAAACAAUAUCUGUAUUUAAUCAAAGUAUAAUAUAUGUUAAUAAAAAAUAUAUAUAUUUCUACACGAAGUCUUGUAUUGCAAGAUUAA